UUGAGACACCGACCUCAACAUGGGAAGCGGGAUGUCUUUCUCCUAUAUAAAUGUCGCGAAAUGGAGCGGCUAGAUGACAAUAGCCGUAUUGGAAUUGUAAAACGACGAGAUAUAUUUGUGCAGUUAUGAUCUUGCUGAUGCUGUAACGUUAUGCCUCGGUGCUUGCACAGGCUGCUCCCUUGAAGCGGUUGUCAUACAGUUGCUGGAGCGCACGGGCGUUUGUUGCUGGGGAGGAUAUCAUACAUUUGUUGCUAACACUAGCACUAGCAGACGCUAGGAAUCUUGCCAUCGUGUUCCCUGUCUUUGGAUAAUAAUUGAGUCCUCAUGUUUUGCCGGUGUUUUUAUUCACAUUUCUUGAUUUUUGAUUCAUUUGGAAUCGCCAAAGUGUGGCCAGUGGACAGUACACGUCACUGAAGAUAAAACCGCUGAGUCUUUGCAGGAUGGAUAUGGAUUUGGGUGCUGGCGGGGACAGCGCUAGAAGAAAAAUGGAUCUAACUGGGGAGGUGACGGAGGUGGUUCCUCUGGAAAUGUACGACUCCGCAAGAGCAAAAAUAGCUGCAAACCUUCGAUGGUUAUUCGCCAAAGCCUACGGCAUUGACAAUAUCCCAGAGGACCUGCGAGACCCCUUCUACACAGACCAGUACGAGCAGGAGCACAUCAAGCCGCCCGUGAUCCGCCUGCUGCUCUCCUGCGAGCUCUACUGCCGCGUCUGCGGCCUCAUCCUCAAGGGCGACCAGGUGGCCUCGCUGCAGUCGCACCUGUCCGUCAUCCAGGCGCUCUCGCGCAAGGGCAUCUACGUGAUGGAGAGCGACGACACGCCGGUCACAGAGUCGGACCUCGGCUGCAUGCCCAUCAAAAUGAGUUCCCAUAUCCCGAUGAUCGACGCCCUCAUGAUGGCCUACACUGUGGAGAUGAUCAGCAUCGAGCGGGUGGUGGCCUGUGUGAAGCGCUUCUCCACCUUCAGUGCCUCCAAGGAGCUGCCCUUUGACCUCGAGGAUGCCAUGGUCUUCUGGAUCAACAAGGUCAACAUGAAAAUGAGGGAGAUCUCCGAGAAGGAGGUCAAAGUAAAACAGCAUCUUUUGGAGUCGCCAAGUCACCAAAAGUCUCCCUCAAAAUGGUAUUGGAAACUAGUACCUGUGCGGUAUCGACGGGACCACGCCUCAGGCCGACAGAUGCCCUACUUUCCCCUGGUGGAGGAACUGAUGAGGGACGUGUGCGAUGGAGCCGCUCUGCUGACCGUGGUCCACUAUUACUGCCCCAACGUGAUGAAGCUAGACGAUAUUUGCUUGAAGGAAGUGACCUCGAUAGCUGACAGUCUGUAUAAUAUCCAGCUCCUGAGGGAGUUUGCCACAGAGUACCUUAACAAAGGCUUUUAUCUGACACUAGAGGACAUGCUUUAUGCACCACUUGUCCUCAAACAUAAUGUCAUGGUCUUCAUCGCCGAACUCUUCUGGUGGUUUGAAAUCGUCAAACCUGAAUUUGUACAGCCAAGGGAUAUCCAAGAAUCCAAAGAUGCCCGCUCAUUGGCUCAGCCCAAGAGCCUCCGGCCCUCCGUCCCCAUAUCCAACGCCACCAAACGCAGCUUCCUGGUCACACCUGGCAUGGCCGACCCAGCGCUUCCUGUUCAGAACAGUGCAGACGUGUGUAACAGGUACCUCCUGCACCCCGAAGACUCUAACCCUCCGUCUAGCCCUGCUAAAGGCAGUCCCAGCUUCAGCCUCCCACACCCGCUCCUCCCGCUGAGACAAAGGCAGCAGAAGCCCCAGCAGGGUGAAGAUAUGAUGGGCAGCCGGAUUCGCUCCAACUCCUUCACGCAAGACAGCCACAGAGGAGCAGGCUGGGCGGAGAAGAGACAGAGACCCCUGUCCCAGAUGAACCGCUUCCUGCUCCACUCGGCCACCGACAGCGACGUGGACCUGCACUCGGGCGACAGCGCCAGCCUGACCUGCUCCAUCAGCGAGGACAGCCUGGCGGCGAGCAUCACCCCCAAGCACCAGGGCCUCGCCCCCCGCCGCGUCAACGGCCACGCCGCCCUGCUGGGCAACGUGCACAUGGUGGAGGAGGACGACGUGCAGCACCUCACCGUCGUGGCCAGCGACAGCACGGUGUUGGCCAGCAGUGCCGAGAGCGCGGAGAGCCAGAGCGGGGUCCCCGUGGCCAGGACCAACUCCUGGCUGAGACAAGACGACAAAGCGUCGGACGGGGGUUUCUAUCUGGAGCCAUUAAUGCCUGCUGCCUUGAAGCCGGCGAAGGAGAAGUCCAUUAAUCUGAACAAGGAGGAGGAGUCAGGGGAGAUGUGUAAAAGCUCCACCGCCCGCAGAGUAGUCGGUGGCAGUAAUGGAGGAGGAGGAGGAGGAGGAGGAGGAGGAGGAGGAGGAGAGCAGUCUGCAUCCUUCCCCAGACGGAGAGCCACGCACAGCCUUAACCGGACCUUCACCCCCAACGCCAGCGCCGAGUUUGUUGCCCAGGCAGCGGAGGCGAACGCCGCUGCUCAGUCCGAGGCUCCGCCCGUGGCACCGAGCCAAGCCUUCAAGCCGCUGGCUGCCAGCAGUGCGGAGCUCUCGCCGACCGACCGCUCCCCCGGCUUCUUCCUGCACUCCUCCGCACCGCCAGACGACGACGACAACGACGACGACGACAAGCAGCCCGAGCAGGCUUGGGAGAUGCAGUCGGACUCGGACACCCUGGACCUAGCGGACGAGCAGGAGCUGGAGCUCGGCAAGGACGAGCUGUACUCGGACAAGCGGCGACAGCCGGACGAGGAGGACCAGGAGUCGGCCAAGCUGCGCGAGGACAUGAGCGUCAAGGAGCACGAGGACAAGGACAAAGACGGCGGCGGCGGGCCGAGCAGCCGCUGCUCCAGCCCGGGCCUGAGCAGCGUCCACUCGGCGGCCAGCAGCGUGGCCAGCGGCAGCGUGCGCAUGACCAGCUUCGCCGAGCGCAAGCUGCAGCACAGCCGCUUCGGCAGCAGCCAGGACCUGCGCUCGGCCAGCAGCUCGCAGCGGACCACGCCGGACGGCUCGGAGAACAGCUACUCGCUGCCCGUGGUCACGUCCUGGCGCAGCAAGCGCGACCAGAGCCCCACCACGGGCCACGGGCCGGGCGGCGGCAAGGACUCGGCCAACGUGCUGGCCUCGGAGCUGGUGCAGCUGCGCAUGCAGCUGGAGGAGAAGCGGCGCGCCAUCGAGACGCAGAAGCGCAAGAUGGAGGUGCUGUCGGCGCGCCAGCGGCUCAAGCUGGGCAAGGUGGCCUUCCUGCACAUCGUCAAGAAGGGCAAGAGCGACACGCUGCCGCAGCCCAUCAAGACCAGCUACAGCUUCAAGGACGCCAGGCGGCUCAACGGCGAGAAGGAGAAGGAGGCCACGUCCAAAGACGACGCCUGCGUGGACGCGCUCCGGGCCGGGGCGAAGGAGGCGAAGGAGGCGGCAGCGAAGGAGGCGGCGGCGAAGCAGCCGGAGGAGAAGGGCACGCUGGAGUGGGCGAGCAGCUGCAGCACGCCCGUGUCGCCCGUCAUCGAGGCCAAGGGCCUGGUGCUGGAGGAGGAGCUGGACCUCAACGAGUGCAACCGCUCCAUCGAGAUGCUGAACGACGCCAUCGGCAGCAUCCAGCAGCAGAUGAUGCAGCUGUCCCUGCAGCAGGAGCUGCUGAUGAAGCAGAACGUCCUGUCCCCGCCGCUGGCGUCUCCGCUCGGGGAGCAGCAAGGGGACGCGCCCGCCGACGGGAAGUACCCGCAGGCCAUGCACUUCGAGAUGGCGCCGGCCGCGAGCGGGACGGUGAGGAAGCCCCCGAAGCUGAGCUCCGCGCGAGGCAGCCGCGCCAAACCCUCGGAGCUCAAACUGCCCAAGGAGGUCAAGCCGGGUAAGGGCAGCACCCCGACACAGAGAGGGGUCAGCCCCGGGAGGAGGACCCCUAGAGCCGAGCCCGAGGAGGUCGCCACGCCUGACACGGGGAACCUGAGGAGCAGCACCCCCUUCCAGCUCAACGAAGAGGCCAACCUCCGGAAGGCCGCCUCAAAAGUCCCGCUCGGCGUUUCCUACGACAAGGGAUUCCCUGGCACUUUAGCAGAGUCGGAGUACGCCACUAGCGACGCGGACGUAUCGGAAGACGUCAUGUCUGAAGAGGAGAUGAGGAGCAAGGCCAACCUGAUCGAGGUGGACUUGUCUGAGCUGGCCGGGGAGACGGGAGAGGAACUAAGCUCCCUCCUGCUUGAUGCUACUGCAGACAGUGGGGAUGGUGAGAAGAAAUCCGGCAUGGGCUUCUUUUUCAAGGAUGACCAGAAGGCGGAGGAUGAGCUGGCCAAGAAGCGAGCGGCGUUCCUUCUCAAGCAGCAGAGGAAGGCUGAGGAGACUCGGCUGCGCAAGCUGCAGCUGGAGGUGGACAGUGAACAGAAGAGAGACGAGGCCAGGCGCAAGGCUGACGCGGACCGCAUCAGGAAGGAGGAGGAGAAGGCCCGGCGGGAGCUCAUCAAGCAGGAGUACCUGAGGAGGAAGCAGCAGGAGAUCUUUGAGGAGCAGGGCCAGGGCCAGCCCAAGCCCAAGCCCAAACCCAAGCCCAAGAAGCAGCGGCCCAAAUCAGUGUUCCACGACGACUCCGUCACCGAUAGCUACCCCAAGUGCUCCCCUGCCAGUGAUAAUCUGAUCAAGGCCCAGUCUGGCUCCAGCCUCUCCCUGGCCUCAGUAGCCACUACGGGGGCCGACAGCGUCAACUCGGGCGGAGCUGGGUCUCAGCGGGGGGAGUCUGUGGAAUCCUUCCCAGGCCUUAGCCGCAAUUCCAGCCGCGCUACAGAGAGGGACUGGGACAACGGGUCUACAGCGUCCUCCAUCACAUCCACGUCCAUGGCAGAGUACACCGGUCCAAAACUCUUUAAGGAGCCAAGUGCAAAGUCCAAUAAGCCGAUUAUUCACAAUGCCAUCGCCCACUGCUGUUUAGCUGGAAAGGUCAACGAACCACAUAAAAACUCCAUCCUUGAGGAGCUGGAGAAGUGCGAGUCGAACCACCUGAUGAUCCUGUUCCGAGACGGAGGCUGCAUGUUCCGGGCGCUCUACUCCUACUUCCCGGACACGGAGGAGAUCCAGAAGUUAACAGGCACUGGGCCCAAGAACAUUAGCAAGAAGAUGAUCGACAAGCUCUACAAGUACAGCUCGGACCGCAAGCAGUUCACGGUCAUCCCAGCCAAGACCGUGUCGGUCAGCGUGGACGCCCUGACCAUCCACAACCACCUGUGGCAGGUCAAGAGACCCGGACCCAAGCGGAGCGGGAAAUGAACAGAACAAACGUGCCGGACAAUGUGACUUUGUGGAGAAGGACUCCUGUGCUCCUGUCCCUCAUACUGUUGACGGAUGAGAGGCGACGAGAUAGAUGUUUGUUGAUGCUUGUGAGAAUGUCUGAACCUACUGGCUCUCCAUCUGACAUCUAAGGGUUAUUGUUUGUUUGUUUUUUGUUUUGUUUGUUUUGUUUUCCGUUCUUCCACUGCAGACCGGUUAGCAUGCCGUGGUGGUGGUGAUCAUGAUUUUUGUCGAUAACGGUCAUGAUUUAUUUGUCUCCACAUCGGUAGAUUCCUUGUUACUUGAAGUAUUUAUUGCUUUUGGCACUAAGUUUUUUGGCCUUGCCCACCCUCUCACCCCUUGUGCCCUCGACACCCAGUUAUCAGACACACUAAACAGGGGAAGAGGGGGGGCAAGAGUAUUUAACUGCUCUGUUCUGUCGAAAAACUGUGGAUUUGUCUCUUCACUGUACAGAGUUAUGCGGACAAAAAAGGAACUGCUCAUUAUACCUGGACUCACUUUCCGCACAUCUUCAACGGACGUAGGGGGUCGGAGGAUGCAAAUCGCAAAUUCCGUCACCCUGAACUCAUCAGAAGAAGAAAACGAAACAGUUUGGCGACUCGCUUCACUAUCUCUUUCGAAAACAUGCUGCUUGAAAAUGUCCUGGGAAAGCCCAGGCACCAGUACGUUCGCCCUCACCCCUGGUGACGCUGUCGUCUUAUUUAUCCAGUGCUUUAAGAAGCUUGUCAGCCGUAGCACAGCUGUAUAAAGCUCUUUUAGGGUCCGACAAUAGGCCUUGGUACAAAUGUCAGAUGCUGUUUGUUUGUUUGUUUGUUUGUUUUUCUCAGUUUUGUAUUUACUUUCAUGGAUCUGAUGUUAGGUAGAUGUGUUACUUCACUGGACUUUGUCCUGUAAAAUGGUGCACUUCAUCAUGUCCUAGUGCUUUUAUCAUGCAAUGUAAGCAGAAGUAAUGUCAACGCUUCCUCUCUGCUCCCUGGAUAUAUUUCUCUCGUUCUUUCCCUCUCUUAAUCUCUCUUUUUCUCUUAAUCUCUCUUUUUCUCUCUCUCUCUUUCUCUCUCUCUCUCUCUCCCUCUUUCUCUCUCUCUGUCGGUCUCCCUCCUCUUGAGAGAGCAUGCUCUAUUACAAGGAGUAUGUGGCUAUCAAACUGAAUGACAGUACCCAAUAUAUUCAUAAUUCUUUUAACUUUGCCAUUGUCGUGGAGUUAUUUCCUGGCACGUAGAACAUUCCACUACUAUGUCAACACUGCUGAAUCUAUCCCCUUUUUUUGUUCUUUCGUUUCCUUUUUUCUUUCUUUUUGUUCGUUUUGCUUUGUAGAAGCCACAUGCCGGCCUGGAUCAAACGGAAGUGUCGCACAAGCACUUUAUACACGCUGACUAAGUUACAUGAGGGAGUUUCACUACGCGCUCACAAUAUAGGCCUGUGUCAAAAAUGUCUGGUGGAACUAUAAAUGGUUUAUUCAGUACGUGAGAAUAUUUUGUUUGUUUAAAAAUGAUUUGCUUGUUUUGUGUCAGCAGUCAUUUGGUCCUCCCAAAUAAUUCUAGUACUGUCAUCUGACUUUCACCUGAAUGAAAACUCGACAAAACAGGAUUAGAAGAGGUUGUAGGUUCGUUGUUCAACUUUAACACUUAGAUAGUGUCCUAACAAACCAAACACUAAGAUGUAGUACUGACCAGAGCAAGCUGAAGGUCCACCAGGAGCUCUGAAACUACUGGUUCCAAAAAAAGGCUUUAGGAAACUUGAUUCUAAUAUGUUGCUGCAUUUUGUUUACUUUUUAAAUAGGAGUUUUGUAUAUUAAUUGUUUUAUACUCACAAAAAGAUUGUAUUGAAAUCCAUCACCAUUUUUAAUACUGUGCUUUUCAUGCUUGGUCAUUUUAAAAGUUUCUUUAUCAUACCACUUAUUUAUUUUAAAAAGAGGCACUGAAAAACAAUAAAUAUGUCGUCAAUAAAACCAUUUCCACCCUU